UAGGUUUUGAUUUUGGUCAAGCUGCUCUGAGGUGAAAAGCAUGCUGGGAUAGCUGUCAUGGCGGGAUGUUUAGAAGGGUGAGCUUACAGUAAGCUUAACAGUGGCGAUGAGGCCAGUGUCCAGUCUGAGACUGAGCCCCAGCGUCAAAGUCAAACUGGUUUCUGCUGGUUUCCGGUUCACUUCAGACCUGCGGGGCCUCGAACCGCUGCAGCUCAGCAAAGAGGCCAGUCUGUGCCAGCUGGAGGCGCUGGAGGUGCUGCAGGCUGUGAGGAGAGUGGGAGGAGGUGAUGAAGGAGGAGGAGGAACGUCAGCCUCUCUGACAGCUCUUGAGCUUCUGCAGAAGGAGGACGAGGAGCUGAGGAGCAUCGUGACUUUCUCCUCUCAGCUGGAUGCCGCGCUCGGAGGAGGACUUCCUGUCGGAAAAAUGAUAGAAAUCUGUGGAGCACCAGGAGUUGGAAAGACACAACUGUGCCUGCAGCUGGCGGUGGACGUUCAGGUGCCUCCUUGUUUUGGGGGAGUCGGAGGUCAGAUGGUCUACAUCGACACUGAGGGCAGCUUCCUGCUUCAGAGAGUCGUGGACAUCGCAACUGCCGGCGUCCGACACUGCUCCCUAUUGGCUGAGGAUGACGAGCAACGAGUUGCUAUGGAGACAUUCACUGUGGAAACCAUCCUGUCCAACAUGUUCCUGGUGCGUUGCCAUGACUAUGUGGAGCUCUUGGCUGAACUCCGACUGCUCCCUGGCUUCCUGUCUGCCAACCCAAGGGUCCGCCUCCUGGUGAUUGACAGCUUGGCAUUUGUCUUCCGACGGCACUUUGAUGACCUGUCACAGAGGACUCGCCUCCUUAACAACCUUGCCCAACAGCUCAUCAGUAUGGCAACCAGACACGAAAUGGCUGUGGUGAUAACCAACCAGAUGACCACCCGUCUGCGGGGUGGCCAAUCACAGCUGGUCCCCGCCCUAGGGGAGAGUUGGGGCCACGCCCCCACCAUCAGGCUGCUACUACAUUGGGUGGGGCACCGGCGGAUGGCUGCCAUCUUUAAAUCUCCAGGUCACAUGGACUCGACCAUCCAAUACCAGAUUACCUCUGAGGGGUUCAGAGACGCUGACCAAUGCGAGCAGCUGCAGAGCAAACGGCCCCGAAGACACACCAACCAACCAGCUGCCAGCCAGGGAGUCAGCAGCUGCUGAUUGGUCAGAGACUGUCAGUCCAUCAGAGGAUGAGCUGAGUUUGUUUUUUAAAACUUUUAUCUUCAGUUUAAAACAUAAAGUUAACAUGUUUCAAUAAUAAAGUGCAAGUUAUUCAACUGCUCAGUCUGACCAAAUUCAUCAAUGAUCACUACAGAUCAGAUUAUUAAACAUUUGAUCAGUCUGAUCAUUAUGCUCAGAUUAUUGAUCCAUCGCCUUGCGCUUCCCUUCACAGACUCGUUAUAGUCAUCAGACCUGAUUAGUCCAUGUUUUGUUGUUUUUGAAACAAUGACAAUAAACAUCUGUUCAAUUCUA